AUGAAGAACACAAAGCCUAUUAACCAACAGACAGGUAAGGCAGGUGAGAGGCCAUUUCCAUGUUCUGAAUGUGGGAAAUGUUUUACAUAUAAAUCAAAUCAUGUUAUACAUCAGAGAAGUCACACAGGUGAGAAACCAUUUCCAUGUUCUGAGUGUGGGAAAUGUUUUGCACGGAAAUCAGUUCUUUUUAUACAUCAAAGAAGUCACACAGGUGAGAAGCCAUUUUCUUGCUCUGAGUGUGGGAAAUGUUUUGCACACAAAUCACAUCUUGUUAUACAUAAGAGAAGUCACACAGAUGAAAAGCCAUUUUCUUGCUCUGAGUGUGGGAAAUGUUGUGCAAGUAAAUCACAUCUUGUUAUACAUCACAGAACUCACACAGAUGAGAAGCCAUUUUCUUGCUCUGAGUGUGGGAAAUGUUUUGCACGGAAAUCAGUUCUUUUUAUACAUCAAAGACAUCACACAGGUGAGAAGCCAUUUUCAUGUUCUGAGUGUGGGAAAUGUUUUGCACACAAAUCAUAUCUUGUUAUACAUCAGAGAAGUCACACAGGUGAAAAGCCAUUUUCUUGCUCUGAGUGUGGGAAAUGUUGUGUAAGUAAAUCACAUCUUGUUAUACAUCAAAGAAGUCACACAGGUGAGAAGCCAUUUUCAUGUUCUGAGUGUGGGAAAUGUUUUGCACACAAAUCAUAUCUUGUUAUACAUCAGAGAAGUCACACAGGUGAAAAGCCAUUUUCUUGCUCUGAGUGUGGGAAAUGUUGUGUAAGUAAAUCACAUCUUGUUAUACAUCACAGAACUCACACAGAUGAGAGGCCAUUUCCAUACUCUGAGAAAUAAAUCAUCUCUUGUUUCACACAAUAGACAUCACUCAGGUGAAGAACCAUUUUAUUCUUCUGUAGUAUACUCGUCAUUGCCAUGGAAUGUUCUUCAAGGUUCUUAUCCUAUCUCCUAUGCUUUUUGCAAUAUACAUGCUACCACUGGGUGAAAUAAUCAGAUGUCAUGCCCUCAUCUACCACUGCUAUGCAGAUGACCUGUCCUUUGCUCCGGGUACUGAGAACCCAGUACCAAUCCUAAAUGGUUGUCUAACUGAGCUCCAGAUGUGGGUGAUGCCAGUUGGCUGUGACUCAGUCCUGGUGAAACAGGUCCUUAUGGUAGUCUCACCAACAAAGGGCAGGGCUACAGCUCAGCUUUGCAAACCAACCAGACUUGCCACAUAACACCCAUUCUCUGUUACCUUCAACGGCUGCCUGUAAGAUGGUGACUCUAUUACAUAAUCUUACUGACUCUCCUAGCCCUACAUGACCAGG